AUGAGAGGAUUGCUGAAGACAAACGGGCUCUGGGAGCAACGCAAUGCCAAUAGAAGACGUCCGUUGACCCCGAACGCCUCGGAAAUACAGUUACCGGAGACGAACGGAGCUCAUGACCUGCCGCAGCCUUCUGCUCUAGAGGCACGACAUCAAAACGUUUCCGCCGUUUACCAGAGCUCCCCAAGGCAAAACUUGAAGUCUUCUCAUAGUCAGCGCAUCCAACAGAAACCCAAUUCAAUACUUCGCAAGCGGACUCCCAAGACGGUCAAGUAUGAAAAGACACCAGAUCUGGACGGCUUAAACCGACCGUUGAGGUCUAAGGGCCACGAGCCCCUCUCCGCUUCACCACCAACUUCGAUGCCUUUGAGCUCCCAACACGACGAAGCUGAUCCACGAGUACGUUGGGUUCAGGAUCCAAGGACGGCCAAACUUCUCAACCUGUUCGCAUUGUCUAUUGGGCCGACCGCAAACUGUAUAGGUUUCGGUCCCCUGGCCACCCGAUUCGAUUCUAGCUGCCCGAUUUCUCUGCUCUCCAAGGCCGUAGCACUGAGUUUCGGGUUACGGCCAAUACCCUGGCGCCCCGGAGGUCAUCUCAAUGUCAUCACCAAGUUUGGCAUUUUUCAACCGAAAGAAUACACUACCGGUAUUGUCCGAGCCUGUGGGCUAGUUGACGGAGAUCUCGGCAAAUGCAAUGUCGCUCUCGUGGAUGACGAGGAAUUGAGGCCCUGGGGAUUUCAGUUCCUGGCCGCGGAGAAGAUUGUCGACAAACUUUUGGAGAAGGACCCGCUUCUCAGCCAAGAACGUGCCCAUAUCGACCUUGGGUUUCACAGAACUUCUCCGAAGCAAUCCCCUGCAGUGCCUCAGACGCAAAGUGCGAACAGCAAUGAUCGCUACAUCAGCGGCCAUCUUCAGCCUGCUACGCUCGACCAGGCAUCAAGCUUCUCGACCAGUUAUACCGCCGGCGGCAACCCAUCUGGGUUUUCAACGAAUGAUGCUGGGCCAAUUUCAACUCCCAGAACAUCCUUUGAUGGCAUGAGGCUUAUCCGCGGCUCCAUGAGCGAUGUGCGGACCGUCAACGGUUCCCAAAGUCUCUGUGACCAAAGUCAAACACACUCUCACGAUGGUGGUCCUCAACACGGGCCUUUCGGCGCCAACUCAAGCAGCUUCAAGCACAACUAUCAUGGUCAAGAAGCGAGCAACUCGUCCGACGCCGCUCAGAUGAGCCUGACAAUAGGAAACGGGACGAUGUUUGGGGCCUCUAGCGCGACAAACGGGGCAGAAAAUGUCAAAUCACCGGUGCUUGCUCGGCACACUGCUUCGAUGCUCGGGUGGCCACAGAGCUCAGCCAAUAAUCCUGGACUAGAACGCUACGACGGGAUGUUCAUGGGUUCAGCUUCGGACUAUUGCAACCCAGAUGGGUCCUCGUAUCAAGCUCACGUGGCAAGACUCCCGCCGAUUGCCCAGAACAAGGAGAUCACUUUAAUGAAUUGGCAAAACACAGAGCCUGGGGUCCAGUCAGGCGAACCAGGAGCGGCGCUUUUGCCUGCGAUUCAGGUCACUUCGUCACCCGCAGACGACUGCAACAGUAUCAAUCCCCAGGUCUUGUUUGAACCUGACAUGGGCAUAGACCCGUCCUUCUUCCCGUUUUGA